AUCGUUGAAAAAAUGGCGGCUAUUUUGAAAUUCGUUGAAAAUAGAAUAUUGAAGAAACUGUUCUUGUAGUGUACAUAUAACGCUAUCAUUUGUUUGCAGAGUUGAAGAAAUCACAGUUAAGAAAUGUACGCCAACGACGAAAAUAGGUAAAUGUGCCGUUAUGGCGUUAUGUAAAGGGUUUUGGCUGUUAAACUUGGUUGUAUUUUACUAUUUUUGACAUUUUUUUCUACAAAUUAACUUAGUUUGUGUUUUUAAGGGAAUGUUUAUAGAUGUCGUGGAAAACGAAACGCUUUCGAAUUGAACACCUUCUAUUGUCCAUUUGGGAAAAACCAUGAUCUACUAAAAUCCCAUGUUGUUUGGUGUAUUAAAUAAUUAAAAAAUAAUAUGUGGUGCUGAAUACCAACUGAAAAUCUUGUCAUUCUUAUUUUUAGUGAGCCCAGCAUAAGAAAGGGAAAGCGUCGUUCAUCUGUAAGAAUAUACUUAAAUUAUUCUUGGCAACUACCAUACCAUACCUAAGUAAAUAAUGAAUACAUACACCAUAAAAAAACACCAAAUAAUAAUUAUUAUAAUAAACAUGCCAUUAAAUAUUUUCAUUACUUGGGUAUGGUGUUGAACUGUAAGGAUAUGUGUUGUCAUCAAAUUUUGUGGCUAUAUAUCACCAAGCCGUAUUAAAUAACCACAAAAUGACAUUAUGUAUGUGAAUUUGGUGGCAAAAGAGAAGGGUGGAUGUAGGCUUGCCAGUGUGGAAAGUUUGUAUCGCACGGCGGAUAUCUCCGGCGCGCAAUUUUGAUGCUUUCUAUAUAUUUUCUAUUAAAUUUUCGCCGCCGCGCAAUUUCCAAACUUUCCAGUCAGGUAGGCUUGUCUAAUCAAGGGGGUGACUUUUUUUUGAGAGGGUGUGACCUCCUUGACCACUGUAAUGUAAAUCUCAAAAAUGGUAUAAAUCAUGAAAAUUUAACAGGUACAUUGUCUGGUUGAUGUUGGGCUUUCUUGAGGACUGCCAACCUUUCCCACACACACAAAAUAUGCCCAUGGUAAUGGACUUUUAUAUUAGCUCAUUAAGUUUGUAGGGCACACUUUGGUGUAAGGAACUUUGAAAUUAAAAGAGGAGAUACAGUAUAUUUCAUAUUCUUAAGGGUUAAUAAAUAAAACUUGUAUUGUAUGUAGUUCUGUACUGUGCAAUAUAUAACUUUAGAUAUUAAAGAUUCCAAAGUCUCCAGGUUGUGUAUUGGAUGACAUUGAUCCAAAUGCUGAGGUAUAUUUAUUUAUAAAUUUUCCUUUAUGAUUACUUGUUGAUCAAGUUGUGCAUGGCAUAGAACUUUUUACAAGUUUGACUUGGUUUCAGAAUGUUGAGGAAACUGCUCAGAGGCCAAAGAAAGCCCGAAGAUCAUCAAGUCGGCGUGUCAGCUUUGCCGAGACAUGUCAAAUAAAGUAAGCACUGCCCAUCUGUUCUGUGAAUAUACAGUCUAGCAUGAAUGGACCUAUUCCCUGAUGAACAAAAUCUGGACAAAAAUUUCAUCACAGCUUGAAAGAGCAUCACAAAAUUAGUAAUAUUCCCAGGUUUCGUUGCGAAAUGUUGCAAAAUGCGGAUAAUAUAGCCCUUCAAAGUUUGCCGUUUUUCAGUUAUUUUGUAUUACGCGCGGGAAAUUGAUACCUUUUUUCAGAAAGCCAGUAUCAAUUUCUGUGCUGAGUGGUUAUAUCACUACCUUAAAAAAUAAGCAGAAACUCGACGUUUCGAGCGAAGGCCCUUCGUCAAGAGGGUAAUACAAAAUGACUGAAAAAUACAUAUAAUGUAUGUUAAUGCGUAAUACAAAAUGACUGAAAAACGGCAAACUUCGCAGGGCUAUAUUAUACGCAUUUUACAACAUUUCGCAACGAAACUUGGGAAUAUUACUAAGGCCAAAAAAAAAAUAUGUGGGUUUCCGGUUUCCCGACCCUACCUAGCUUUUGGACGUCGAAAUCCCGACCCUAAACUUUUUUUAUUGGAUCAUGCUUGUAAGUGUUUCCACUUAGAGGGAAAAGUUUGUGGAAAAUUGAAAUUUGAGGCAAUAUUAGGGAAAUUUAUCUUUGGAUGUGGAAGCACUGACUAAACAAAAUGGCGUCCGCUUGUUCGGAAAAUUAAAAAAAAAGUUUUAAAAAAAAAAAGUUAAAACCGACCUACCCUACCUAAGUUUUUAUAAGAAGAAAACGGAGACCCACAUAUUUUUUUUUUGGCCUAAUUUUGUGAUGCUCUUUCAAGCUGUGGUGAAAUUUUUGUCUAGACUUGUCUAGAUCAAAAUUUCGUUCAUUAGGGAAUAGGUCCAUUGGGUUUAUAAAUUAUACAUGCAUGCAUAUGUGUACAUUUUUAUAAAACUUUUUACUGUAGCUUUUGAAGAGCAUUUAUUAAAGCAGAAGUUUAUAUUGUGAUCAAAAAUGAGUUGCUAUCACAUUGAAUGAAACUGAUGGGGGUUAGAUGUUUCAACUUUUCCUGAGGGAAGAAAUCAGAGCAGCCGGAGAAAAAGUCUACAAAUUUUGGCAGAGCGUUAACUGACUUUUUUUCACAUGAGUCUGUAUCGAGAAUGAAACCCAUGAACUUAGAGAUGCUUGCUCUGAUGACCACGUAUGUCAGGGCUUGAAGUAGAGAAAAAAUAUGGCUUGCCAGUCUGAAAAUUUUUGGCAGGUGAAACAAAUUUUAGCCUGCCAUUUUUAUUCAUUAGACUGCCAAAAUGGAAAUCUCUCAUAUGAGUCAUAUCGUAAAAAUCAAUGUUUUCAUGAUACGCAUUUUUAUUAUUUUUAAACGUGUCUAUUUUACUACAGUAAACUUGGAUUUAUAUUUCAAAUAUAAACUUAUUUAGUCAACUAAAUGAUCUAGUAUAUAUAUAUAUAAUAAAGUUGUGGUAAGCAAAUGAAAUGAAGUAUAUCUAUAGAAUUUCACCUGCCUUUUUUUAACAUUUUACUUGGCAGAGCAUUGGGCUAGUAUUCCAAAGUUCGUAGGUUCGAUUCCCACCGUGGCCAGGCAUAUUUUUCAAGCCUGCCCGGUGUGGAUAUGUUACACUCAGAGUAACGUCACAAGCAUCAUAUUCACCUGAGUAUGUACAGUCAUUUAUACUCCAACACAGAAAAAAGUUCAAAUUUGUUUUAAAUUGCCUGCCAUUUCUAAAAUAUGGCCAUUGGCAGCCGCUCUUUCGAGCCCUGCUUAAAUGUAAGCUCACUGAUCUUUUAGAGAGAUUCCAAAUAAGGUGUUGGAAAAGAUGGAUCCUGACGAGUUUACAAUUAAUGAGGAUACUUCUGGUUAGAAAUAAAUCUGAUUUUAUAGUAAUUGCUUUCUUUCUAAUAUUUUUACUUAUAUGACUUGCUCGAAUGAAUAAUCUACUACGCAUUUUUUGUAUAGUGCCGCCUUCGUUUCUCAAUCUCGAAAGCACCCGGGACAACAGGUAAAAGGCGGUGUGGAAUUUUUGGUUUCGACAUGUUUAAUCUCGAAUACUGUUGCAGAAAGUGUUUCAGUUCUGUAUUUUAAUAGUUUUGCCGAAAGAAUCUCAAAGAUUAAGAUUUUCACUUUUGCUAACAUAACCUGGGAUCGUCUAAUCUUGCAACAUUUUUAUUACAAGAAGAGUACAAAGUAGAAUCCGGUUUGAACAGUAAAACAGCAAGACAAGUUGUAACAGCCGACAUUUUGUUAAUUAGACCUUAUAUAAUUAAUUACCGUUUAUUCAUUUUUGACCCAGUGGCCUCGUUUUCGUGUUUGCCAGUUUUGACAUGACAGGCGCACAUGAAGGUUAUAUUAGAGAGAUUGAGAUACCCCGAUUUCGGUGUACGUGUACGGGUAGCAUGAUUUUGGUUAGCAAUAUUUUCGUCGAUGUCUGUACCUUUACUCGUAAUUAAGGUGCACAUUUUUCGCAUUAUGUCAUUGUCUAUUGCAAGAAAACAGAAAAAGUAUGAUCGAAUUACAGACAUCAGUAAAACAAGAUGACACUACUCGUACCCGUACACCGAAACCGGGGUAUCUUAACCUCUCUAUUCCCAUGUUUCCCUCACGAUUUGGUUCCUGGUUGAUCUUAAGCCCAAUAACAAGUAAGUUCGUAACCCUGUUGUGCACGAAACACAAGUAAAUACCUGACACGAAUACGAGGCCAUUGCCCAUUGGGUCAAACGUCAAUAAACGGUAAGGUCUAUUUCCCUUUAUAUUUCUCUGACGAAAUGUGAGCGUAUGCUAGCAAAAGUGAUCUGUAUCUUCUACCUUUUUCAGUGUGUACAGACCAGCUGCAUCCACUCUCGCAGGUAGGUAGAGGAACUUUCUGUUCGUAAGAAUGAAGCUCGUGUGUCAAGGAUGGUGUAUUCAAAUUUCGAACGAUAUAUCCAUUAUGGCCGCGCUUGAUGAAAUAGCCUCAGUAUUCGUUUUACGCAGGGACAUAUUAGGGGCACUGCAGUUAAUUCUAUAUAAAAAUAUUAUAAAUUAAUAGUUCAGCAUUGUUUUUACGGGAGGACGAUGAGGAUUACGUCUCAAAUGUAAGACUUAACGAAAAGUAAUGUCGUCUUAUUAGGAUUGCCAUCUCUUCUAACCAGUCCUAUUCAGGAGUCACCACCGCAAAGAUCAAGCUUUCAUGAGGUAAAGUUAUAGUAUAAGAAAAUAUUGUUGCAAGGCGUUUUCCAGCGGAUUUUGUUACGGUCUCUUUGCCAGUGCCGGACAAGCGACUGUACAAUACCUAUACAAUUAGUCGUGGGUAAUUAGUCGACCUCAUGUCUGUGUUUUCUUUUGCGACUAGUUGUCACCUGAUAAUGGAGAAAAUCAACUGGAUUUUACACAGUUUGACCAAUCAACUGUUUUCACUUCCAAAUAUUCCGUGUCAAAUAAGGUAGGUGGGUGCGUUAAAGUCCCCCCCCCCCAUGUAGUUUUAGGAUUCGCGUAUUAUUAGGAUUCCCAUUGACGUCCGGUGCGGAAGGAUGUGGUGAUGGAGAACUACGAAUGACAGCAACAACAACCAACAACAACAACCAACAACGACGACAACAACAACUUAUGCAUGACAGGCACGUAAGUGACGGCAAAAGAUCCAUAAAAGGGACCAUAUCCUUAAAUUGCCUGAAAAUCUAAAAAAAAAUUUUAGAAAAAUAUUCGAGAAAAAUAAUCCGUUUUUGUCCGUUACGUGAAACUCGACUGAAAAAUCUGAAAAUCCUAGAAACUCCCUGUGAAGAUUGUAUAAAUCUCCAUAGCUCGUGCGCUUUUCGCAGCGAUACAUUCGUUGAAGGUGUCUGAAGUGUUUAGUAUACUACUGUAUUCUAAAUAAUCUAAAAGCUCACUCAUACUCAAAGAGUGGAGGUUCAAUCUGAGCUUCCCUUGAGUGUCAAUGCUGUUUUUGAAUAGCUGGAGGGUGAGCAGUCACAUAGUAAGGAACGACACUAACCUUCCAGCUAUUCAAAAACAGCAUUGACACUCGAGGGAAGCUCAGAUUGAACCUCCACUCUUUGAGUCAUGCGAGUGUGAGUGAGCUUUUAGAAUACAGGCGAUAUAGCAUUCAAAUUAUAACAAUAAGGUUAAUUUCUAAAGUCUUUUUUUAUACAUCCUGUAGUGUUCACACGAGGAAGAUGAUGAACAGUUAGACUUCACACGCAGUCAUGGUGCAUAUAUUCAAGACAAUCGCAUCCACACCACUGUCCCUCAAGACAUGAUGGAAAUGACAACAAACUACGACGGCUGGGAAUUUGAGCAGUCCACUGUUCUAACACGACAAGUUGUAGCGUCCAAGGUAAGUCUGGAAGGAGUUGGCUUUGCAGUCCAGUUUAGGUAGUAUUCUAGUGGCAGUAGACCCAUUGCACAUGACGUCACAGCGCCGGUGACGAUGCAUCUGGAGGACAAAUUAGCAAUCUAUGCAUAAUAUAACUUUUGUAAACAAAGCAAAUUUUGUAAAACUUUAUAAUAAUUUUGUAUUAAAAUGGUUAAUUUUCGCGCUGUAUGUGGUUGUUGUACCCGAACAGAUAUUGUUAGGGAGCAUCUGGAGGACACUCUAAGGAUUUGUGACGUCAGUGCAAUGGGUCUAUUCUCUGGUUUCAUAUGACAUCACGUGAUGGUCAAUGGUCUGUGUCUAGGGCAAAGGAUGGAUUUUAUAUUGCUUUAUAUUGGCUUUAAUAAUAGUCGGAGAAGUAAUUUACAUAAGAUGCGUUGAUGUCAUUUUGUUUCAUUUUACUUGACCUCAGUUCAGUGAUUGACCCCCACUUGAAUAAAAUUAUGCUAAAACCUCACAUCACAUUAAGUUUAUUUCUUAAAUCGCAAAUAUCAAAAUAUGACAUAAAUUCUUACUGUCGAUGUUUUUAGGUUGCAAUCUCGAAUCAUGGGCAGAUGCAAAAAUUGAACGCAUCGAGUUUCUUGGACCAACUUAAGGUCAACGCCUCGAGUGAGAAUUUUGAAAGAAGGAACAGUUAUGACACAUUUCAAACGUCAAGAAAUGUACAAUGUCCGAAACUAGACGGGACUUCAUUUUUAAACCAACUGAGAACUUCCAACAAUGCCAGUUUCCAACCACAGCAGCAGAGAGACACGAUCAGUAAUCCUUCCCGUACUGAAGCACAUUCAACAACAUUUCCCAUAACGGUGAGUGCAUUGCCGUUACUGAAAGUCAUGUUGCGAGGCAAGGUCAGAAAAUAGUUCGUACUAUUUCAGAGCCCGCUGAAAUAACGGCCGGCGGUCGGCGGUUUUCCGACCAAAUUCCAGUUUUCCCGACCAAAUGCUGAAAUGAUCGGAAAUUUCGUCUGGACAAAUGUUGAAAAAAAAUGAUAAUCUGUUUUUUUUUAAAUUAUCGGGUCGGCGCUCAGCACAGCGAGUGCAGUAUCUAUAGUCUUAGAUUAUCUAUACUAGUCUUAUAUAGAGUAAUCAACUGGAAAGUUAUCAAAGUUUCUUCGAUCAGAGUAUGCUUUAAACAAAGUUUAGUUAACUUAAAUGUGUGACAGUGCAUGAGUUACGAGUCAGAGUGACUGCUUUCAUUGUUGUUAAUUUGACGACCUGGGAGAUAAAGAAUGCGUUUCCUCGUCGUUUCGAGCAAAGGCCCUUCAUUAGGACAGUUAAAUAGGCUGUUUAUUACAAGUAGAGUGAUUUACUGCAUGCUUGACAGAAUUUACUCAACGGAGGCGAUCAAACUAAACUAAAAAAUUUCCGACCAAAUUUGAAAAUUUCCGGUCAAAUUUCAUUUUGCUUGGAAGUUUUGCCGGACAAAUUUAAAAAUUAUAUCAGGCUCUGCUAUUUAAAACACGAGCAAGAGUGCUUUAUCAGAUAUAUCUUAUAUCUGCUGGUCAAGCACAGGACUGCUUGUGUUUUGAAUGGCUUAAAAACGACCCAUCUUAUGAGUUCAUUGGCGAAGUAAUUUUAAAAAUCAACGUUGUCUAAGCCGAGAAAAUCAAGGCUAAAGUUUAUGUAAUUUACAUGAUUUUUUAUCACAUCAAACCACAGACACGGUAGUGAUUUCCUAUGUCUUUUCCUCAUGAAUAAAUGAACUUUUUUAAGUACUAGAUAAAACAUGAGCAGCCGCUCUGUAUCUGAUAUACAAACUCGAGCCGAAGGCGAGAGUAGUAUAUCAGAUACAGAUUGGAUGCGAAUGUUUUAUCGUACUUAAAAAAUGACCCAUCUUAUGAGUUCAUUGGCGAAGUAAUUUUAAAAAUAAACAUUGUAACCCACAGGUGUUUGGAUCAGGCCAUCCAAACACGGAAAUUUAAAGUGCCUUCGCGGGAAUUUUAAAAUUUUUUUGUUAUUUUAUAAAACAAUUACUUUAUGGUUCUCGUGUUUGGAUGGCCUGAUUCAAACAUUUGGGAAUGUUGCUCGAGUUAAGAAAAGCGCGCAAAAUCACUCACCUUCGGCUCGUGAUUUCGCGCGCUUUUCUUAACUCUCGCAACAUUCCCGCGUGUUUGGAUCAGGCCAUCCAAACACGGAAACCAUAAAGUAAUUGUAUAUUGCAGCGUCGCCAACUGUUAAGGCCGGAGAAGCGUUGAAGCGUUGACAAUGUAUUGUUUUCCUUGAUUUAGGACACAUUUCCAAGAACAAUUACACAAUCUCCCAAAAUAGAUCAAUCGUCAUUCCUGAGCCAACUCCAAGCUACUAGCAGUUACCAGCAGAGGGUUUCAAACAACAAACCUUUAUUUCCUCAGUCAAAUUUACACAGCACAAUGAUGGUAAAUAAUCUCUCUUAAUACUAUACAUAUGAUUAACAAGUCCUUAUAUAGCGUUUCUCCUUUAUACGGUUUGUUUUUGGCAUUCAUAGAGGAAAGAAGAUAAUCUCGAUUUCACGCAAUGUGUUGGUAAUGGUAUUCAGGGAGCCAGGUUAAAAACAAGCGAUGGUAAUGAUGAUGUCACGUCUAACGAAAUGGAGAUGACUGCAAACUACGGUAACUGGAUGGAGUCCGCCACUCCUGCAGCAGCCAAGAACAAUCCUAGUUUAGGCGGUCAGGUAAUUAUCUGAAGAAAAUGAAGGAAAUUAUGACGUGAUGGAGCUUGCAUAUCUGAUACAAAGAUCAUGUUGAUUCCCAUUUUUAACACCGAAUAAUUAUCGUUCCUGCAUGUCCUUUUAAGAUUAAGAAUAUUUUCAUCAAGGCGAAAUGCGAGGCGUAAAAAAAAUACCUGUGGUUCCUGUUUCAUAUCGUGAAAAAAUUAGGGUCGGCCGUAGGUCGGAAAUAAAUUUUUUUUUGAAUAUUCUUUUCAUGGUUUUGGCGAUUUUUUGCUGGGCGAUUUGCAGUAGAGUCCCGACAUCAAUAUCAAACUAGGGAUGCGUAUUUCCUAUAUGGACGAAUUUAGGCAAUUUGGUUCAAUAAUUAGUGUGACAACAGACGCCAUUUUGGCACGCUAUAUGAGCAGCCCGCAACCGCCUGGAGAAAAUAGGGUCGCACGGUCAAUCACGUUGAAAAAAUAAUAGGGUCGGCAGAAAAAAAUAGGGUCGGUCGGGAACCGGAACCACAGGUUUUUUUUUUUUACGCCCGAAUACCGUUGAUGCUAAAUAUUGUAUAUAUUAUUAUAAGUAUAAUAGCAUGGCAUUCAGGGCGAUUAGUGAUUAAAUGUACCCGAAAGCCGAGAGACGUUUAGUAAUAGCCUGAGGUACGCUUUUGUCUUCUAAAUUUCCCUCAUCAAGCAUGCAGGGAAAAUUAGAAGACAAAUAAGUCUUUUGUUUUCAACAACUAAAUUUCCCGGGGAAAUUUAGAAGACAAACGCAUAUGCAUGGGUAAUGAGGGAAAUACGUGAUUAAACGCCCCUGUUGAAACGGAAGAAACCGAGGCUACCAUGUAAUUACUUUACUUUUAUCUUGAUUGUCUCAAUGUACUUUCCAGCGUUCACUACAGAAGAACAACGAUUUGGACUUCACCCGAUGUCAUGGUGGUAACAUCCAACCAUUUCCUUACCAACAUUAUGAUGAUGCAGAUAGAACAACAAAUCAAAUGGAAAUGACAAGAAACUAUCAAAAUUGGGAGCAACAACAGACGUAUAUGGUUCCGCUACAAAGAAAUGACAUCAGCCAUAAGGUAUGAUACAUAUUGAGUUCAGUGCACUGAGCUGGAUGCCCAUUUCCAAUCAGGAAAAUUUUCCGCAGAAAGAAAUUUUUGUAGAAUGUGAUUGGGCUUCACAAAUUUUCCGUCGGAAAAAAAAUUUUGAAGAUGAAAAUUUUCAACUUUUAACAAUGAUAUUUUCGGAAAAUUUUCUGUCCUUGGAAAUUUUUCUUGAGUGGAAAUGGGUCUUAAGGUUCCAUGUAGAUUGGUAUAUACUGUACCAGGCCUAGGCCCUUUAGUUAGAACGACAAACUUGGCCGUCCAAAAAGUACCGUGGGUGCGUUCACCAAUUCUCGUGGUGGUGGUAAAAAAACGACAGCGCUUGAAAAUAAAUUACUCGGCAAACGGCAGUUAACAACUUUCGUAGUAUUCAAGAAAUACAACAACGUUUGUAUGUUGCCAUUUAACAAAAAUAUUUUACUUAGACCGUCGAAGUGGCCGUCUAAAAUUGUUGUUUUUCAAAAGUAGCCCUCCAUAGGACAGUUAGAAUACCGUGUUACAGAUCGCCAGCGCUGAUAUCUCUUACACUUUAAUGGACAACUUGCAUGUUAGUCCAAAUUUUAAUCUAAGUAAAGAGAAAGGAAUCAAACACCACAGCUAAAAAUAACAUAAUGAAAUUAUUCAAAUUAGUAAAAUUGCAAUAUUUGGUUGCGAAAUGUUGUAAAGCGUGGAAAAUAUAGUCUUGCAAAUUUUGUAUAUAUGUUUGUAUUACGUGCGGAAAUUGUUACCGUUUUCGGCUCACAAAUGGUAACAAUUCCCGCACGUAAUACAAACAUAUACAAAAUAUGCAAAUUUCGCAAGGCUAUAUUUUCCGUAUUUUACGACAUUUCGUAACCAAAUUUUGCAAUUUUACUAAUUUUAAUAUGUUCUUUACGGGAAUUUACUUUUUUUUUGCCUAGAUCAAAAAGUAGUCUAACUUGCAAAUUGUCUAUUGCUUAUGUAGAUAAGUUUUCACUAUUCUUCACAGCGUUCCCCAGAGAAAGAUGACAAUUUAGAAUUCACCCAUUGUCAUGCUGGAAACAUAGAAACUGCACAAUUUCAAAUUGUUGACGAGGAUAUCACAGUAAAUAUGGAAAUGACAAGGAAUUAUGAAAAUUGGGAACAGGAGAAACCCAAUAUGAAUUCAGUGCAAUUGAAGACACCGAGAAAUUGGGAACAGGAGAAACCCAAUAUGAAUUCAGUGCAAUUGAAGACACCAAGAAAUGACAACAAUUUGCGUUUCAUAAACAAGGUACAUUUUAGAAUUAGUUUCUAUCCACAUUUCUGAGUUGGAUGUUGCAAGGAGAAAUUUCUGCUGAACACUGACGUCACAAAUCCUUAGAGUGUCCUUCAGAUGCUCCCUAACAAUAGGGAGCUUUAGAUUUGACUACGAGUACGACUACGAGUACGAGAUUCGUCAAGCUAAACGCAUGCUGUAUGCUUACGCCAUCCCGUACUGACGCGAAAAAGUCGUAGCCGUCGCCCAUCUGAGUACGAAAUUGUGGAGAAACCUCGUAGUCCUCACGACGACUUUUCAAAAAAACCCAAAGAAAGUUGACUUUUUUUUGUUUUCCAAAAAUAAUUUGUAGCAUUUAUAUAGCGUUUAUCCGGCGCAAAUAAUAUGUUAGUGCUAAAUAUCUGGCCUGUUUUUAAUGUUAUGACUUAUUUACACGUUUUGUAGGGGAUUUUAGUCGGCAGGAGAUUUAGUUUAUGAAACUUUUUAUCUAGUUGUUGGUUUACUGUUAUAAAAGCAACAUCUGAAUGGAAACGAAAACGAAUAGGUAAUUUCCUCGCACGCGAUCAAAUCUCGUACUCGUAGUCGUACUCGUAGUCAAAUCUAAAGCUCCCUAAUAUCUGUUCGGGUACAACAACCACAUACAGCGCAAAAUUAACCAUUUUAAUACAAAAUUAUUAUAAACUUUUACAAAAUUUGCUUUGUUUACAAAGGUUAUAUUAUGCAUAGAUUGCUAAUUUGUCCUCCAGAUGCAUCAUCACCGGCGCUGUGACGUCAUGUGCAAUGGGGCUAUACACGUUACGAUAGGGUUGAAAUGAAAAACAGAUUUUACUCAGUCAUUCUAUUUCGUUAUUUACAGCACUCACUAGAGAAAGAUGAUAAUUUAGAAUUUACUCGUUGCGAAGCUGGACGCAUAGAAAUUUCUCAGUCUGGAACUGUGUGUGAAGAUGUUGGAGCAAAUCAAAUGGAAAUGACGAGAAAUUAUGAAAAUUGGGAAGAGGAAAAAUCGCAUAUGAUUCCAGGGUCAAGUAAUGACAGCAAUUUCCGUUCCAGAAACAAGGUACUCAUUGAGAUGGGCCUGUUUUCAUAAAACAUGGACGAAAUCGCAGCGGGACGAUUUCGUGGUGGGUCGAAAUCUGGGUCGAAAGUUGCCAGACUGCUCUUGGGUUGACAGAGAAUCGACCGUCUUCAGACCCAGCUGAAGCCGGAUGAAUGUACUGUAAACACCAAAUAUUUUCGAACCUGGAUUUUAGGACCAUAGUACUGAUAGUAUAUACAUGUGCUGAACAGUGAUUUGUAAGACUGCAUUUUCAAAAUAAGCGAAACGGCGAAAGAGACUACUAAAUUCUCGUUGCGCGCUCACGUCGUCCUAGUCUCGCGUCCCGGGUUCGACAUUAAAUAAACUGUCCUAUUACUUUGCAGCGUUCGCCAGAAAAAGGUGAUAAUUUGGAGUUUACUCGUUGCCAAGCUGGACACAUAGAAAUUUCUCAGUCUGAAACUGUCGAUGAAGGCGUUGCAGGAAAUCAAAUGGAAAUGACGAGAAAUUAUGAAAAUUGGGAACAAGAAAAAUCGAUGGAAUCCCGGACGCCAAUGAAUGCCAACAAUCUUGUUCAAAAGGUUUGAAAUACUGUAUUUUAGAAUUGAAAGUGAAAUAAACACAAGUAUAAGGCUUUCUUGGCCUUAAUUUAAUGCACAGUUGUGACUGCCUAUAUAUGUAUACCGUAAUAUAGAUUACAGUCUGACUGAGUUUUGAAAAUACAUUAUAAUUGUAAUAGCUCAGUUAGUUAACCAAGUUUUUUUAACAAAUUGAGGGGCGGUGGCUCCCAUGCAGUGAAAACUAUUUCAUUAUGUCGGUAGUUCGAGUAUUUAGAGAUUUUUUUGUUAACUUCCAAGGUGUCUGAGAAAAUAUCAGAUGUUCCAGCCAAUCGUCUUGGAGACGAUCUUGACCGUACAGCUAGCGAGAAGAUCAAUGCUUUGAGAGAUGUAGACAUGCCUGCAAGUCAGAUAUCUAUGCCAAUCAUGGUGAACGCUUCGAGACUUGAAGAAUUCUCAGGAAAUCAAACAUCUUUGAGUCUCUCAAGACAGCUAAAAAUGUCAGAAAAACAGACGUCUACUAAGCCAAUGGCGAAUGCUUCAAGAGUUGAAGAAUUGUCAGGAAAUCAAACAUCUUUGAUGAAUGUCUCAAGACAGCUAAAAAUUACAGAAAAUCAGACAUCUGCCAAGUCAAUGGCGAAUGUUUCAAGACACGUGGAAAUUACAGGGAAUGAGACGCCCAAGGUGGCGAGACGUGAAGAAGUAUCAGAAACGCAGAAAUCUACGAUGAAUGUCUCAAGGUUUAUCGACAUGUCAGGAAAUCAAUCUUCUCUGAUGAACACUAAAAGGCAUCUGGAGAUAUCAGAGAGUCAAACAAGCUUGGUGAAGGCUGUACCACGCGCGACCUCGUCGAAAGUUACCAUGGACAAGAACUUUCAACGAUUUGAGGUGAGUGUAGGGACGAGGUCGCCCCACCUGUGAAAACAUGUGUUUAUUUAUGAAUAUGUAAGCUAAAAACGAAGAUAUAGAAGCGGCGGAACGUCAGGGGUGGAAAACUAGGCGAGCACUGCUCGCAGGAAAUGUUAAACAGCUGCAGGAACUUCGUUUGAAUGAAGAUCUGCUAUUGAAAAUUUGAAGGAAACCUAACACCCAGGUCCCACUAUCGGCGCAACAACAUAUGGUUGACAGACAUUAUUCCUUGAAUUGAAAACCAUGGUCAGCUAGAACACUAUAUGUUUAUGCACAUGCAGAAUACUCCGUCGUUCUGCAGGAAAUUUUUGGUUGUGCUGCCAGGUUGUGCUGCCAGGAAUAAAAUUAUUUUUUCCUGCCCUCCGGAACGUACUAACCGUUAUCUUUUGAAAUUUCAGAUAAAGAUGCCAAUUUCAAGAACUAGCAAAAUCCCUGUCUUCAAAUCUCAAAAAAAGCAUCCAGCUAUAAAAUCUGAAGAGAAACCUUCCAAACUACAAGUUGAUUUAAACGUUGGUAGCAAAGCGCCGAGUUCAUGUGCUCAAGAUGUGACCAGCACCAGCGGGCAACUAUCGCAUGUCGUCGAUGUUGGCAAACACAAACAGGAAG